AUGGACAUGCUGCUCGUUUCGUCGCCCUUUCCGCGAGCCUCGCUCGCCCCGACAUCGGCGCGCACGUCGCUGCGCUCCUCACAUGCCGGCCGGCCGUUGCUAGCCGCCCCCAGGCGUGUGUCGCUGCCUGGGGGCCCGGCCGCCAGCAGCAAAAGGGGGAGGGGCGCAGUGAGGGUAGUGGCGGAGGUGGGGGAGGCGGAAAUGGAGAGGGGGAGAGCCGCCAUGCGCCAGUGGUGGCAGGCGCAGCAGGCGGCCAAGGCAGGGCAGCGGGGCGGCCAGGGGGCGGUGGCCGUGGCGGACGGGGAGGGGGAAGGGGCGCAGGCGAGCAUGGAUGCUGCGCGCGCUGAGAUGAGGGCGUGGUGGGCGGCACAGCAGGCGGGCAAGGGCGAGAAGGCGGGUAUGGAUGCUGCCCGCGCGCAGAUGAGGACGUGGUGGAUGGAGCAGCAGCAGGCCAAGGCCAUGGAUGCGGCGCGCGCAGCCAUGCGGCAGUGGUGGGCGGAGCAGCAGCAAGGCAAGGCCAUGGAUGCGGGUCGUGCGGAGAUGAGGCAAUGGUGGGUGCAGCAGCAGCAGGGCAAGGCCAUGGAUGCAGCGCGCGCAGAGAUGAGGCAAUGGUGGGUGCAGCAGCAGCAGGGCAAGGCCAUGGAUGCAGCGCGAGCAGAGAUGAGGCAAUGGUGGGUGCAGCAGCAGCAGGGCAAGGCCAUGGAUGCAGCGCGAGCAGAGAUGAGGCAAUGGUGGAUGGCGCAGUUGGCGGCGAAACGGGCGGCGGUGGAGGAUGAGUCGCGCGCCCAGCUCAACGCAUGGGCGGUGGGCAAGUGGAGGGCGGUGCUGGGGGAGGCGGAGCAGCAGGCGGAGGAGGCGAGGCUGGAGGCCAUGGAGGCCGGCCGGGCGCAGAUGCGCCAGUGGUGGACGAAUCAGCUGGAGGAGAAGGCAGUGAAGCUGGCGGAGCAGGCAGCAGCAGCAGUGGAGGCGGAGGCAGCCAUGUAUGUGGCGGCUGCGGCUGACUUUGGUGGCGGGGAGGAGGGCGACCUCAGCGAGGACGAGCUCAUCGCCUCCGAUGAUGAGGAGCAGAUGGAGGUGGCGGCGCGCAUGGUGGAUCUGAGCGACAUGGAGCGCGCCGUCAUCGAGCGCGAGAUGACCCGCUACCGCGCCAGGCGCGAGGCCAAGCGCGCCUUCUGGGAGCGCGACGUGCAGCGCGCCAUGGACCGCAACCGCAAGGCCAUGCGCGACUGGUGGUUGCAGCAGUGGGGGGCGAAGCAGAGGGCCAAUGGGUGGGGCGACAACCCGCCUGUGUGGCGCCUGAAGCUCACCGCAGGCAGCGCGGACACGCCAGGUGGCAGUACGGCAUUGGAGGACGUGGAGGUGGCGGGCAAGGGCGUGACGCUAGGCCUCCUGCCCCAGCCCGAGGACGGCUCGCGGCCCAUCGAGCUGCACCUCAAGGGGGUGUCGUUUUCGCACGCGGUGGUGUACGGGAAGGACAAGUACAUGGGGUUCGGCAGCUACAAGCGCGAGUACUUCGUCGCUGACAUCGGCUCCACCACCGGCACCUUCCUCAACGGGAAGCUGCUGGGAGUGAAUGCGCCGCGCAAGCUGGCCAAUGGUGACGUCAUCAAGCUGGGGCCUGAGGUUGAAUUCGUGGUGACUGACCCCUCUCUGUCGCCCUGA